AUGUCAUUGGGUAAUUAUGAUGCUUCAGGUCUUGUCCUCGAGGUUAACCUGCUGAGGGAGUUGCGUCAUCCGUACAUCGUCAAGUUCCUGCACCACGUGGUCGACAAGCGGUCCACCACAUUGUACAUCCUGAUGGAGCACUGCCCGGGGGGAGACCUCAAGCGCCUCAUCUCCAAGUGCCGCCAGACCUCGACCUUCCUGGAGGAGGGUUUCAUCUGGAGGAUUCUGAAACAGGUGUGUGAGGCGCUCAAGGUCUGCCACACCAGACAGCUUCAGAAGGGCCGGGUGAUCCUCCACAGAGACAUCAAGCCGGCCAACGUCUUCCUCGAUGCCAACGGCGACGUCAAGCUCGGCGAUUUCGGCCUGGCCAGAACGCUCAACUCGGAGGCCAGUUUCGCGACCACUUUUGUCGGGACGCCGUACUACAUGAGCCCGGAGGUUAUAAAUGGGCAAGAAUACAAUGAGAUGUCUGACAUGUGGUCACUGGGCUGUCUGAUCUACGAGCUAUGUGCGCUGCAUCCUCCUUUCCAAGCAACGACGCACAAG